AUGUGUCGGAUCUUCAAGAUCAAACUAGAUGCUCUUAUGAAAGAUCUAACGGAAGACCAUCUAUUAGGGAAGACUAUAGCUGCAAUGUACACGAUUGAAUUCCAGAAACGAGGACUUCCACAUGCUCAUAUUCUUUUAUUCAUAGAUCCAAGUUGUAAAUUGCCAACCGGUGACGACAUUGAUAAAAUCAUUUCAGCUGAGAUUCCUGAUAAAGAAAAGACCCUGAGCUCUACAAUACUCUUAUCAUUACGCUAUCGUGCUCAUAUCAAUGUUGAGUGGUGUAACCAGACUGGUUCUAUUAAGUACAUUAACAAAGGCCAUGAUCGUGUUGCCUUCGUGAUAGAACCUAAGCAGAAAAAUACAGAUAGUGGUAAUGGGAGCGAACCUGUGGCGAACAUUAGAUCAGAUCUAGUUACUGCUGAGACUACAGACAGUGGAGAUGGUGAAAUAAAAAAGAUUGAUGAAAUCAAGGAUUACUUUGACUGCAGAUAUGUCUCAGCUUCUGAAGCAGCAUGGAGGCUUUUCAAGUUUCCUAUACAGUAUAGAAGCAUACCAGUCAUGAAACUCCUAUUUCAUCUUCCUAGAAAGCAACCAGUCUAUUUCAAAGAGAAAGAGAAAAUCAAAGAUGUUUUGGAAAGGAUGGAAGAUGAAUACUACAUGAGAAUCCUUCUUGGCAUAGUAACUGGUCCUCAAAGUGAUGACGAUAUUAGAACAUAUAAAGUUGUUGUUUACGACACAUACAAGAAGGCAUGUUGGGCUCGCGGUAUUCUGGAGGACGACCAAGCCUAUAUAGACAGUCUAAUUGAGGCUACCCUUUGGUUUUUCGGUGAUCAACUCCAUUUGACCCUCACAGAUGAAGAAAAAAAGAAUUAUACACUUGAGGAAAUUGAAGAGGUGUUGCUGCGCAAUGGUGGGUCUUUCAAAUACUUCAAAAAAAUACCUAAGCCAACAAACAUAGGUGUUGAUCUCUUUAAUCGUUUAAUCACCGAAGAGAGAAACUACCUCCGCGACGCUUUGCGAGAGAAGCAUGACGAGUGGAUAGGGAUGAUGACUGACGAACAGAGAGCAAUCUAUGAUGAGAUCAUAACAGUUGUAUUAAAAGAUUGUGGAGGAGUAUUUUUUGUUUAUGGUUUUGGAAGCACAAGAAAGACAUUUCUGUGGAAAACAUUAUCUGCUGCUUUGAGGUAUAGGGGAUUGAUUGCUAUUAAUGUUGCUUCUAGCGGAAUUGCUUCUUUGCUGUUGGAUGGAGGAAGGACUGCUCAUUCCAGGUUUGCUAUCCCUAUAAAUCCUGAUGAUUUCACAAUGUGUAAUAUCAGUCCUGAUUCUGAUCUUGCUAAUAUGCUGGAAGAAACAUCUCUAAUUAUUUGGGAUGAACCAUCAAUGAUGAGCAGAUAUAGCUUUGAAAAUCUGGAUAGAGGUUUAUCAGAUAUUAUGAGGAAUACUGAUAAUAAGCCGUUUGGUGGAAAGGUUGUUGUAUUUGGGGGUGAUUUUAGACAGGUAUUACCUGUUAUCAAUGGUGCAGGAAGGGCUCAAAUAGUGCUUGCAGCACUAAAUUCAUCUUAUCUCUGGGAACACAUUAAGUUCCUAACCAUAACAAAGAACAUGCGUUUAAUGUCAAAGGAUUUGUCUGAAAGUGCUGCCCGCGAUAUUAAAGUGUUUUCAGAUUGGAUAUUAGCUGUUGGGGAAGGCAAAGUUGCUGAACCAAAUGAUGGGGACGCUUUGAUUAAUAUUCCCGAGGAGUUCUUUAUAAAAAAAAAUAGUAAUGAUCCAAUUGAAGCAACAGCAGAGCAGUUUAUGGUGAUCUAG